UUCAUCAUGUGAUGGGACGCGGAGGUCUCUGAUUUGUUUCGUGCCCACCCCCCUGCAACCUGUUUUAAAUUAUUACCUCUUUCCCACUGACUGAAAUGAGAACUGCCGAGGACUCCUCUGGAACGGUCCUGCACCGACUCAUCCAGGAGCAGCUGCGCUACGGAAACCUGACGGACACUCGCACGCUCCUGGCUAUCCAACAACAGGCCCUGCGUGGGGGCAGCAGCGGUGGGGGCACCGGCAGCCCCCGCUCCUCUCUGGAGAGCCUCAUCCAGGACGAGACCCAGUACAUGCAGAUGUCCACUCGGCAGGAGCCCCAGGGCCAGGAGCACCAGGGGGACUGUGUGCACUCUGAGAGCCUUGUGUAUCACCUGUACCAGCUCCACGGGGAGGAGCUGCCCACCUAUGAGGAGGCCAAAGCCCACUCCCAGUAUCUGAGCUCUCAGAAGGAGCCACCACAUCAGGACGGUGAGGACACCAUGGGAGGUCAAAUUGAGGGACAGUGGGAUUUAAAGCGAGAGCAUGCUCGCUCUCUGAGUGAGAGGCUCAUGCAGCUUUCUCUGGAGAGAAAUGGACACCAGGACGGCUCGGCUAUGACCCUUUCUCACAGCUACCCUCAGCUUUAUAAAAAUACUGCUCCGAAUGCAGCAGCGUGUGACGGACAGGGGGCCCAGCAGUGUGCACAGCAGCGUGGGCCACCCCCGGACUAUCCAGUCCAUGCCAGAGUCCCUGAAUACAUGCUCAGCCACUCACAGAAGCAUGUGCAGUACCACCGAGACCCCCCUCCCCCGUUCUACUCGCAGCAUCACAGCAGAAAUGAGUCUGCUCAGGUAGCUACCAGCGGUGUUACAGCAGCUUCCAGCAGCAGCGACAUGUUGAUGAGGGAGAACGAGCAGCUCAGGAAGGAGCUGCAGGUGUGCACAGAGAAGGCCGCCAAGCUGCAAAAGUUGGAGCUAGAAAUUCAGCGGAUUUCUGAGGCUUAUGAGACGCUGAUGAAAGGCUCAGCAAAGCGGGAAACUCUAGAGACAACAAUGAGGAAUAAACUGGAGGCGGAGCUUAAGAGGAUGCAUGACUUCAACAGAGACCUUAGAGAACAACUCGAUGCAGCUGUCAAACACCGAGCGGCCAGAGAGACGGAGUGUUCAGACCCAAGGCAGCACGUCUUUGUCAAACUCCUGGAGCAAAAUGACGAACAGCAGCGGGAGCGUGAACAUCUGGAGAGGCAGAUUCAGCAUCUGCGUGUGUCCGGGGAGGAAUGCCGGCGGAUGAGAGAGCUGCUGGAGCAGGCUCUGGCCUCCGAGCAGACCCGCAACCGGCUGCUGGAGGAGGAGCUGCACAGGAAGAGAGCGUAUGUGAAGAAAGUGGAGCGGCUGCAGAGCGCGCUCUCCCAGCUGCAGGCGGCGUGUGAGAAGAGGGAGGUGCUGGAGCUGCGGCUGCGCACUCGGCUGGAGCAGGAGCUGAAGAGCCUCCGGGCACAGCAGAACCACAAGGCUGACCUCACAGCUUCAGAAGUGAGUUUGUCUGCGUCCCAGCAGCAGCUGAAGGAAAAAGAAGAGCGCAUUCUUGGCCUGGAAGCAGACAUCACCAAAUGGGAGCAGAAGUACCUGGAGGAGAGCACCAUGAGACAGUUUGCAAUGGAUGCUGCUGCCACUGCUGCAACACAGAGAGAUACAACCAUCAUCAAUCAUUCACCCAGACAUUCACCAAAUGGCAGCUUCAAUGAAGACCAGCCUUUAUCCAGUCACAGACAGCAGGAGAUGGAGAGCAGGAUCCGUGUACUUCACGCUCAGCUCCUGGAGAAGGACGCUGUGAUCAAAGUCCUGCAGCAGCGCUCCAAAUGGGAGCAAGGCAGGCCAGAGAGACAGGGGCUUCGUCCAGCCAGAUCUGUCCCCACCAUCCCCACCAUGACCUGCAGCGCAGACAGCAAAAGCAUCUUAAAUGACCAGACAGGUGCAGCUGGGCUGAAACCCCCGUCCUUUGUUGCAGCUAAGGGCCCCAAACGAGACAGUAGCACCCAAUGUGAAGAGGCCCCUGAGGAGCAGGAGGUCUUAGCAGAAACUGACGAGAUGAAGGCUACUGGGGGGUUCCCAGGAGCUACCACUGACCACGUGGAGGGGCCAAAGCUGAAGAUGCUGAAGAGCUCGGAUACAGAAGUGGUGGAGAUCCUCAUUUAAGACACGACUGCAGCUCAUAUGACUGAAUGUCGACGGCCAGAAUCGAUGAAAGCGUUU